CACGCUUACGUACACUUUUGGCUCUGCUGAAAAGAAAGAAUUUUUUGUUCUCAUUUUUGCGAUCAGUGAGGAAAAGAAAGAGUAAAGAGUAAAGAGAAAAUGUCCGGAGAGAUUGAAGAAGACGAGGGACGACGUCGUCAAAGGAAGCUUGAAGAAGCUGUUGAAGUCAAAUCCCUUCGCCGUAUUAUUAGUGCCUACCUCAAUUAUCCCGAGGCUGCAGAAGAGGAUGUCAGAAGAUAUGAAAGAUCUUUUAAGAAGCUUCCACCUGCUCACAAGGCUUUAUUGCCCCACUAUCCUUCAAAGUUCCAAAGUCUGAGAAGGUGUAUUUCUAUGAAUGCAUAUUUCAUAUUUAACAUGCUUCAGGCAUUUGAACCUCCUUUAGACAUGAGCCAGGAUGUGGAUAUUUGUGAGGAUUCACAUCUAGAAACCUUUGGAAUUGAGCAUUGCCACUCUGAGGAGGGAAAUGCUUCCUCUUGUCAGUCUGCAUCAACCGGUGGAAGAAUGUGUUGUUCCAACCAUGCUCAAGCUUGUUCUCAGGAAAGAAGCAGCAUAAUGAGCAAUCCAACAGCAGAUCUGCAGGAGGUGCAAAGUGAACAUCAACAUGAGCCCAUUUCUGGAAGCUGCGCUGGAGAAGUGGGAAAUAAGAAAGAUAUAGUUGAAUGUUGUGGAAUUGAUGUCGCUGAUUCUAAUGGGAAUGUUUUUUCAUAUCCACAUGACUGGUUGGAUCCAUCAUUGCAGUUGAAUGUUCCAUUGGUUGAUGUUGAUAAGGUCCGUUGUAUAAUAAGGAAUAUUGCUAGAGAUUGGGCAGCAGAGGGAGAGAGAGAACGUGAUCAGUGCUACAAGCCCAUUCUUGAAGAACUGGACACCCUAUUUCCCAAUCGCUGUAAGGAGAGCCCUCCUGCAUGUUUGGUUCCUGGUGCUGGACUUGGUCGGCUAGCCCUAGAGAUUUCAUGCCUUGGUUUCAUAAGUCAGGGAAAUGAAUUUUCAUACUACAUGAUGAUAUCUUCAAGUUUUAUUCUUAAUCAUACUGUAACAACUGGACAAUGGACAAUAUAUCCUUGGAUCCACAGCAAUUGCAAUUCACUUUCAGAGAAUGAUCAACUUCGUCCAGUAUCAAUACCAGAUAUUCAUCCGGCGAGUGCAGGGAUUACUGAAGGUUUUUCUAUGUGUGGUGGGGAUUUUGUUGAAGUCUACAAUGACUCCAGCCAGAUUGGCGCCUGGGAUGCUGUUGUGACUUGUUUCUUUAUUGACACAGCACACAACAUCAUCGAGUACAUUGAAAUCAUAUCAAGAAUUUUGAAGGAGGGGGGAGUUUGGAUAAACUUUGGACCUCUACUGUAUCACUUCGCAGACAUGUAUGGGCAGGAAGAUGAGAUGUCAAUUGAGUUGAGUUUGGAAGAUGUAAAGAAGAUUGCUUUCCAUUAUGGGUUUCAUUUGAAGAAAGAACAGACCAUUGAAACAACCUAUACCACAAAUCCUCGAUCCAUGAUGCAAAACCAUUACCAUGCUGCAUUUUGGACAAUGCAAAAGAAAAGAACUUCCACAACAUAGCAUGGGAAAGAUGAUAUGAAUUCCUGUAUUACUAUACUCCAGGUCCUGCCCCUCUUUUUUUUUUUUUUUUAAUUUCCACUUUCAUGAUGCCUCUGGCCAAACUGGGGUUAGAAAGAAUAAGAUGGAGAAAGUUAAGAAAGUUGAAUGAUCUUUAUUAUUAUUUUUAAUGCUUUGUUUUUUUGUUUGUUUGUAUUUUUUUAAAAAAAUUUUAUUAUAGAUUUUAGGAUUUACUUGAAUUAUUUUCAAGUAAGUUGUAGUAUAGACAAAUCCAUGAUUUUUCUUUUUUUUUCUUGGAAAAUUGC